AAAUUGUAAGGUUUCAAUUUCGCGGGCGCCAUCAGAGUUCAACAAGAACGAACGUAGCUACGCAAAUCAGUUUAUGGUGGAGUUAUGUAACUACAAGCAGAAUGGUUCGAUUUUAUCUUUACAGAUAGUUUUAGUUCUGCAGCUCAAAGCAAGCCAACGGUUAAACUUUGUUAAACAAACAAACAAACGGUUAGCACCAACCUAAUAAUGAAUCUGAAUUCAUUCAUUCUUAAUUCGAAACUGUUUUUUAAAAUGGCAUUUUAAUGUUUAAAACAAACGAAACCAAACCACACUAAACUAACAGUUGUGAUCGAACACUUAAACUCAACAUGAGGUUGGCGCGGUAGAAGAACUGAUGAGGCGACAUUUAUCCAAGAAAAGGCGAGAUGAACUGUCCAGCAUCAUCAUCACCAUCUUCCACUGGACCAUCUCCUCAUCUGACAGUCAGCACACUAUUCCUCCACUAUUUUAAUGAUUGGGCGGACUGGAUUGGCCCAGCUCUCAUAUUCCAGGAAACCCACUCUCCUGUGUUCACUUGACAGUACCCCCCGGUUGGCUGGUUGGCCGCUUCAACUGCAGUAAACACAAAGUAGAUGACUGAGACCUCUGCCUCCCAUGAUGGACAAGACAAGCACUAAUGGGAUUCAGACCAGUGCCAAAGAGGGUGGUGUUCAGAGGAAGCAGCUGCCAUACUCAGUGGAGACUCCCUAUGGCUUCCAUCUGGACCUUGACUUCCUCAAGUAUGUGGAUGAUAUUGAAAAAGGCAACACCAUCAAAAGAGUGCACAUCCAUCGAAGGAUAAAAGGCCCUGCUAAAUUCAGUACUUUGCCAAGAAAUUUCAGCCUCCCUGGCCAUGGGGUUAGACCUACCCUUAAGGACAAAGAUAGUGCAUGGCCUGGGACAUCCACUUUGGGACCCAAACCUAAAUCACGGGUGACUGAGGUCCAACAGAUCUUUGACUUUAGGGGAGGUGAAGGAGGAACUUCUAGUUGUAGAGGACAAACUAGUCAAGGAAUUGGUUUUGUGCCAGGAAAACCCAGAGAAGAGAUAGGCGCUGGUACACAAGGUGAAGACAAUGCUGUGAGUCAAAGUCGGCCAAAUCUUCUUAGAGCAUCGAGCAUGCCCAUCACCCUACAACAGCGCAAAGGUUCUGAUUCAAGCAGCCCGGACUGCACAACUGGAACACCUGAAAAUGGAUCAACAGAGAACAUGUUCCGUCCUUCACCAGACAUCACAGAAAGACGGUGCCUCCCACAGGAUCGAGCUGGUCUUCACCAGCAGAUUACUGUGGCUCUAAAGCGAGUCAGAGAACUUGAGGAGCAGGUCAAAACUAUCCCUGAACUAAAGGCUCAGAUCUGCUCCUUGAGAGAAGAGAGGGAGCAACUUUUGAAUCAGCUGAAAGUCCAGACCCAGACCCUUGUUUCUACAUCAUCAUCUGCAGCAGCCAAAAGCCCAGAUGCUGCUUCAGCCAUCCAUUUUAAAGGUCCUUCAGCAGAGCAAGACUUCUCUCUUUUGACUCAAGUCUCUGGAGGCUCAGAGGCUGCAGAGACUGCAUUAGAAGAAAAAGUUACAGUUAAAGAAAGACAAGAUGAUGUAGCAACAGAUAAAGAGUUAUCUCAGGAGACUGCCACAGCGGUGAGACAAACACAACCACCCAAAAAAUUAGACAAACAAAAAGAGACAUUUGAGCAUGCAGAGCAGAACCAGCCUCAGGGUGUCCAAGGACAGAUGAUGACAUCAUCUAAGAUUAAUAUUAAAGAAAAUGAGACGUGCAAUACUAAAGAAAGCAAUACAGGAAAGGAAAAAAGAGUUGAUGAUUGGGAUGGAACACAGAAGUUGCAGGAGAAGUUAAUGACACUGGAGGCAAAACUUACUCAGGCCAGCCAAGAACUAGAGAGAACUAACAAUCUUCUGAAGCAACAAAUACAAGAAAACAAAACGAAAGAGGAGAGAAUUUUACAACUAAGUGAAGGAAUGAGAGUGGAAAUUUGUACCACACAAACACAUGAGCAGACGAGAAGAAGAAGCAUUGACAUGGGGACAGUUACAGAGAGAAUAGAUUGCACCAACCAGGAAACAGAGACAGAAUUACCUUCAACAAUAGAUCAAGGGACAGACACUGAUAGAAUCUAUGUGGAAGUUUACGUACCCACGCCCAGAACCGGGAGCAUAGAUCAGGCAAUGGUGACUACAAAAGUUGACACACAUGACCAGACAACAGAGAUAGAGGGAGAAAUAAUGGCGGUAAUUCCACCUCGCCCCAGAGCCAACAGUAUGGAACAGGGCACUAUUACAGAGAGCAUCAUCACUCAGGAUCAGAUGACUGAGACGCCUGUAGCUGAGAGGGUAAACCAAAUCACAGAAACAGAGGGAGAAAUAGUGACGGACCAUCCACAGAGGCCAAGAGCCAACAGUGUAAAUCAAGGGACAGAGACAGAAAGAGUGGAUACUGUCGACAGGGUGACAGAAACAGAGGUAGCACGGAGGGCUGACCAGCAAACUGAGACAGAGACUGACAGAAGACUGGACAAUAACCCGGCCAGAAGUAUGGAGGAACAGGGUGCAGAUGCAGGGGCUGUGGACAGUGAAAGACCAAAAGAUGAAAGAAUAAAUCAAGCAACUGCUGUGGAAUUUAAAAGUGUGGUUGUAGAGGCUUCUGUGUUGAGUUCAAUUGCAGAAAGUACACUUGGGAAAACUGGAGUUUCGGAUGCCUUUAGUCAUACCGAAGCGACUCCCAGUCCAGUUUGUACAACAGGAAGGACUCUUACAGACGCCAGCCAAGCACAUGAUGACUCCAAAGCAAAGCAAAUUCCACAGACUACAGAGAAAGCAGAGCCAGGAAAAGUAGAUGAUGUAAGUCCAUCAACUAAGAACAAGGUAAACACUGAAGAUGUCUUAGUACUGUCAGAUAAUUCAGCAGUGACAGCAGUAGUUCCUGUUAGACCACAACGAGGUCGGAAACCCUCAACAGAACAGACACAUCCAUCAAUUCAAAGUCAGGCAGGAUCUACCGAAUCAAAUAAAGCUCAAACCCAAGAGAUCCAAACUAAAACCCAGCCCCAGGUACAGACCGUAGUCCAGGAAAAGAAUCAAUCCCCCAUGACGUCCUCUGGACCACCUAAAAAAGAUCAAGUCCGUUCAGUAUCUCAGGUUGAAGCUCCGAGUCCCACAGUGAAACUGACUGAAGAGUCUAAAGUGAAGCUGCCUAAAGCACAAUCCAAAACAGAUGCCCAGAAACCUUCAAGUCUGAGUGAACUUCCAUCUAGGCCCAAAUCCAUUCAAACCCAGUCUCAGUCUCAAGCAUCCACAUCCCGUCGGGACUCAAAAGAGAUGAAAGCACCACAGAAGGCAUCAGGUGUGUCACAGUCUUUAAGUCGUUCUUCUGUUGAUGCCAAAACCCACCCAGCUCGACGAGUGUCUGAUGCUCAGUCUCAGGGCACACGUAGAUCUUCCAGCGAAAGCCAACAACCUCAAAAAGGUGUUGGAGAGACACAAUCCCUGCGAAGAAGCUCCAAUGAAGCGGCUCAGCGUAGGGGCUCGAGUGAAGCCCAGGCCUUGCGAAGAGGAUCUGGUGAGGCCCAGGCUGCUCGCAGGGGCUCUAGUGACUCCCCAACAUCUCCUGCAGCCUUGGGCCAAGUUGUAACUCGUCUAACUGGGCUUCUUGGAGAGCAAUGGGCACAACUGGGGAGCAGCUCUGGAACUCAGCAGAUGGCCAGCCAGCAGGAGAUCCCCGUUGCACAGAAACAGACAGUUGGCAAAAAGGUUGAAGCGGGAAAGGGAACUCCAUCCAAGCCGGCAGGAAAAUCAGCUCCAGCAGCAACAGCAGCAGCAACAACAGGGAAACCAGCAGGGAAACCUGGUCCUUCUAAAAUGAGCUCUAUUCAGAGUCAACUGGUGAGCUCCCUUAGUGUUCUGUCUGCCUUCUACUCCCCAAGCCAGAAAGGAGCUGCUGCCAGCAAACAGAAAGAACAAGGUCUCAAAUCCAUUAUGAAGAAAAAUGGGGCUGCUGACAAGCAAGGAAACAAGGGAGCCAAGAAAAACCUGAAGUUUGUCGGAGUCAAUGGAGGCUAUGAAACAACAUCCAGUGAAGAGUCCAGCGGAGACGAGAAGUCAAAAGUGGAGGUGGAGGAAGGAGAGGAAGAGGACAGCUUGGAGGUAAAGGUGGAGAAGGAAAAGGAGCCAGAGGAAGCAGUGGAGGUCCAGGAGGGAGAGGCAGAGGUCCCGGCCGAUAAAGGGGAUGCCUCUGCUGACCAGAAGGAGGUUGAGAGAGGUCUGAUGGAUCCAGAAGAAGGACAUGAGCUUCUGGAGGAGGAGGAAGGGGAGAAAGUUGACAAGGGUUUCAUUGAUGCUUGUGUUUACGUAAAGGACCGCAUGGAAGAGGUUUCAUCUCCAGAUAAAGAAAUGCGUCAGGUCCUGGUGGUUCUCUACCAGGAGUGGUUCAGGGUUUCCAGUCAGAAAGACUCUCAGGCUGAUACUGUCAGGUUAUACCUGCGGCAAGUGGGACGAACAACCCCUACCCUCCUGCCAUAUGUGGUUAACUUGACAGACGGCAACGGGAAUAUGGCUCUCCAUUACAGCGUGUCACACUCCAACUUCUCUGUGGUCAAACUGCUGCUAGACACUGGUCUGUGUGAAAUAGACAAUGUGAACAAGGCGGGCUACACACCUGUGAUGCUGGCUGCACUGACGGCUGCAGAGAGUGCGGAUGAUCUGGAGGUGGCCCAUCAGCUGCUGAGACUGGGGGACGUCAAUGCUCGCUCCAGACAGGCAGGCCAGACGGCACUUAUGCUUGCAGUGAGGCAUGGCCGUGUUGCCAUGGUGAAGCUGCUCCUCAGCUGUGGCGCGGAUGUAAAUGCCCAGGACUGCGAGGGAUCCACGGCGCUGAUGUGUGCCAGCGAGCACGGACACACACACAUUGUCCGCCUGCUGCUGGAAACCGGACGCUGCAAUGCCAGCCUCACAGAUAAGAAUGGUCGCACAGCUUUAUCAGCUGCAGAGGAGGCCUUUCACCAAGACAUAGCCGAGCUCCUGAGGACCGAUGCCUCUGAGUCCACCUCAAGCGCCAAGCUCCUCUGAGCCAGGCUCGUUCAGACCAGACGAGUUCCACAGCCUUCCACAAUAACCGAAAUCCAACACUAAAGAAGCUAAAAAAAGUAGGUAACUAAAAUAAAAAGUCGAGGAAACCUCAUUCAAACUUCCGGGACAGGAGGGUUUUCUUUCAUAGCCUUCCCACCAUGCCCUGUGAGUGGAUAUGCUGCAUCAACCUCAAGUGGUCACAUGUGGGUGGAAAAUCACCAUGGCGAUCAAAGUGACUUCAGACACAGGGUGAGAACCUGAGGUGGGACGAUGGGUGACCAUGCUCCGAGCUGCUGCUUCUCCUCAUCGACUGACCCUCAAAGCAGAAAUAAUAAGCACAUGAUCUACCUUUCAGAUAUAUAGUAUUGAAUAUACAUUAUUUUCUGUUAUGGCAUUGAUAUAUUUUCAGGUUUAAACCUAAGCCAUUGUUGAGAACCUAUUAAAACUUAGAAUGUUACUCUAACAAAUCAUAAUCCUAAAAAGACUGUAUUUUCUACUGCACCUUUUUUUAUGUGUCGUGUACAGUGAAUAAUCAGCUAUUAUAUUUGUGUGCAGAUAUUACUCCAGAAGCGAUAACUGUCAUCAUGUAAGGGAGGAUUCAUCCGUUAUGAAUCAUGAAAAAAAAGAAAAGAAUAUAAAACGUGUUUAGUUGAAAAACAAACUGAAUCAUUUGGAGGCGCUGCAUGCCAACUGUUCCCACCCCCCUACUGGCUGAUUCAUGUGCGCUCAUGCUCAGCAGUAUGUUAUAAUACUGCUCUUUUUCAUGGAUUCUCUACAUCUUUUGCCUUGUUGGUCUGCCCGCCUCCUAUCAAUGAGUAAAAAACAAAACAAACUGCACAAUGAAUGUCAGACUGGUUAUGACACAUUUCAAGGUAAAAAAGACAAAAAAAAAAGACAUAUGUAGCAAGUUUAACUAAUCUGGCAUGGAUCACAUGGUCAACAUUUGUGGAUGUUGCAGCUAUGAUGUUUAGUUUUGGGUGAAUUUAUUUCUUCUUUUCUUUCUUUCACAUUUUCAUGUUAAGAUCUUUAGAAAUGUGUUGUUUUUAAAUGUUGCAGCAAAAAGCAAUAUGACUGCAAAGGGUGUGUGUGAUGUUGCCUUAAUCAGACGGUGUGCAAAUGUUUUACAUUGACCAAAAAUGUGCACACCGUGUUCCUAAAAUAUUUCUCAGAACAGAAGAAAAACAGCUGAAAACUACAGUUUGCCAAGUAAUAAGAAACCUCCUGCUUAGAGCUGGAAAACUCUUGCACAUUUUUUUUUAAUUUGAAGGAUGAACUAAAACAUUCAGAAAUCCCACAGGGCAAAUGCUAAAACCUGGAACACAACUCCUUCUGUAUUUUUUUGUUGUUGACUGCAAAUCUGCAUCGGCAUUUCUGAAGCACCAAAAAAGGAGGUCUGAUCAAAUGUUUACAACUUUCCACGCUCAUAAACCACAGCUGAUGCCAAACAUUU